GUGUUUGAAGCUACUGAGUGUUCUCAGAGUUUGCUGAAUGCAGAUGAGGAACCUUUUUGCUUCCUACAUCCGAAAGCAGCCUUCAAGCAGCCUCCAUUUCCCAGAGAGCAGUAUGGGUCACCGUGCCACAGUAAUAUGGGCAGAGCGGAUGGUUGGCCCUUGGAUAACUGCUCGAGUGCUCCAAUGUCACCCUGCAUCUACACAGAGAGGGGACCUCUGCUCGACAAGUCCGAGUUUCCAUGUUCUGUGUGCUACUGUUCCAACUACCGGACAGCAGAACACAUGCCAAUGUGUAAGGCAGGUAAAUCAGACAUCAUCAUGGAGAGAGAAAUACAACCAAUCAGAGAUCUGGAAAACGAUACAGAUGUGGUUCUCACUCGUCUGUGUGGUUGUGAUAAACUGCUGCUGUCCGUCUCUAUGCAGCUGGCUCAGUUACAGGCCGAUAAGAAAAGCAUUGAGUAUGCUUUAGAAAUCAAAUGGCUGGGGAUGGAAGACAGACUUCCUGGAGUGCAGGAAGUAUCCCAGAAGGCUUUGCUUCAGGAGGAGCUGGUUACACUCAGAGCCAGAAUAUGUGAUUUGUCAUCGGAGAUGGACAAAUUGUGGAGUGAUUAUGAAAGGAUGGAGAGUGAGCUGUCUGUUUUCCAUUCUCAUCUCCAACACAUCCUUCACUUUGGAACGCCGCAGGAGCAGAUACAGGCACAGAGGCAGCUCUGGAUGAUGGAGGAUAUCUUGUGCGGUUUGAGGGUGAACAAGAACCGCUUUAUGGCUUUACUGGGUCUACAGAGGCAGGGUGUUCCUCAGCCAAAACCCGUUUCCUACUUUGAGGGCGAGUUAGGAGGCCUCAACAUGGAGUAUGUGACUGAAGCGGAGCAGCAGGACUACAUGAAGAUUCACCAGAGUUAUAAGAAAUGGACCCAAGACAGUCCUGCCAAUGACAGCAGAACGAGCACCGAACACGAAGCCUCACAUGAACCGCUGCGUCUGACACGUGUUGUGACAUCAACCCUUCCAACGUCACUUAUCGCAGAGCGCAUUUUUGUGGACGACCCCUAUCCUGAGCAACCCCAACAAAUCACACUGCAGUCAGGACUGAGGAGCAGCCAGAGGAGCACGGCAAAGAAACCCAGCACAACUCUGCAUGAGACAGCCGACAAAAACAGACACUUACACUGGGCCGACGGACAGGAAGAGAUGCAACAAAAGAAACCAGCACAAAAUCACAACUGCAGAGCCAGAGAGAAGGCACUGGCUGACAGAAAAGCCUGGACUAACCAUCAGCAAGAGCUCGAGCCUGGAGCCUUGUGCCUUACAAACUCUGAGUCUGACUGCGAUGCUGCCGUGAGCUCUCAGAAAUGCCAAACUAAACCCAGACACAAGGAUACAAGAGACAGAAGCAUGAGUUCCACCAGAGGACACUUCAGAGACGACAUUCAUCCCUUGAAACUCAUUACAGCCAGUGACAAAGAGACAGAUGUCCAGAAAUACACAGCAGAUUCUGCUGUUGUAAACUUGAAUAACGGCCACAGCGGUGAUAGACGCAGAUUUAAAAGCCACAGCAGUGAGUCGGCCAACCCAAUAAUGCCACAAUGUGGUGACGCAAAAGUGCACAAUGAAUUCAAGGACAAAACAUCACAACAGUCAUCUCGCAAUGACAUCAUCGUCAUAGAAAGCCACUCCAUCAAUCAUAUUUCAACUCUUACGGUGUUCAAAGGACAUCAGGGAAACAAUCAAAUGCACAAAUCUCUUAAAAAGAACAGAAGUUCUGACCGACAAAAGUAUUCAGUCUCCGCUAACAUGAAAUCUGAGUGUUUUCCGUCAAAUAACAGACAGUGUGAGUUAGUCCCGGUCUGCGUUCACGACGCAAAACCUCAAGAAUCUCUCCUUCCAGUGGAAAAUCAACAGCAAGGCCAGGGAACCAAUCAAAUGCCUAAUAAACCGGUGGAGGGAGACAGUGGGCGGAGCCAAAGUCCCAAAACAAUGGCACAUCUUUGCCAAGCUUAUGGAAUACAAGAAAUGCCCAAUCAAUCGCCAGACACUCAACCAAUCACAAUCUCUGACAAUCAGCUGACACCCACCUCUGAUCAAUCCAAACCAGAGCUAUGCAUUUAUGAGGAAAUCCAGUUUAGCCCGCCAAGAUCAGAAGAUGUUGAAGAGAAUCAGAAGAAUCAAACCACUGGAGAUGAAAUGCAACCAUCAAACCUCACUGUAAACGAGUCUGGACCGACUCACACUGAGGUCAAGGGGGAGUACAGAACAAAAAAUACAGAGAAAAGUCAACCAGGAAGUGAUGUUACGUGCAAGAGAGGGAAAAAGCUGAAAGUUUACAGCUCCUUAAAGAAAAGCUCAGUAAUAAAUCAUAAAGUCCAGGACUGCCGGCCACGGAUAACCAUGCUCAGCACCAGCCUGUAGACUCGAGAGAGGCUGCAGAAAGUGUGAGUGAAUGAGGCAAUAAGACACAAAAAAGAGUAAAAAGUUGGAAUAUCUGAACUGGAUAGAUAGUAAAUGGUAAGAUUAAAGUAUUGAAUAGGGAAUUAAAUUUGCCUUCAGAAAAGCUUCAAUCCUUAAAAGGAAUAUAAUCAUAUCAUGCUGAUUUCUGUGUGUGGAGAUCCUGUCUAAUUAGGGAUGAAGAAAACUAUAUUUCAUGUGAAACUCAUAAACUGUAGUUUUAGUUGGGAAUGGGUCACAUUGGUGCUGAUUAAACACUGUGGUAAUUUUUGUGUCAUUUAACAACUGUCAUGAGAAGAAUUCAUCACUUUUCUACAUGCACAUUAAAUUUCUUACUAAGAUAAUACCCGCAUACAAACUCUUAAAGGGGUGCUAUUAUGCUUUUUCAUUUUUUCAACUUCAAUUAGUGUGUAAUGUUGCUGUUUGAGCAUAAAAAAGAUCU